CAUUUCGCCUUUAUUGUGGUGGAGUCCACCCCUGCUGUGGUGAGUUCCACCUGCUUGGGGGUCCGGGAGAUAGCAGGGGGCGGCAAAGGAAGGAUUGGGCAUGGUCGCCCAGGAGCUUCUCAGAUCCGCCUCGUUUCACUCGCUUUUCUAGGGGCUGUCCGUCCUCCUGGUGCAGCCUCUGGCCAGUUCCGAGAGGCCGCACACUCAGUCUGUCCCCGUCGGGAGCCCUGUCAGGAAGUGUGUUUGUCCUGCCUCCGCCGGGUGUUUUCUUGAGUACUUUCAUCCGCUGUGCUCCUCUCUUGAAAAGCUUGGAAAGCAACCUUUCGGAGUUUUUUUCUUUCUGAAAGGAAAAGGAUUUCUGCCAUUCUGGUGAGGUUGGCUCUGGCCCCGCAUUCUCCCGCGUCUGGAACCUAUCUCUUCCGGCAUGUUCCUGGACCUCAGAUAACCCUGUACAAAGAGGAAUGGAGAUUGCCUGUAUCCACCUAGAUUCAUAAGCUGCCCUGAGGCGAUCUUGGCAUCAAGAAAGACAGCAUUGAGGCACAUCUCACCAUCAGCUUCAGAGGAUGUCAGCCAUUGAUUUGUCCCUUGGGUUUUUUUCCAGGGAACCAAUCUGUCCUUUUGAAGAAAAGACAAAGAUAGGAACGAUGGUAGAGGACCACCGGUCAAAUUCUUACCAGGAUUCAGUGACGUUUGAUGAUGUGGCUGUGGAGUUCACCCCAGAGGAGUGGGCUUUACUGGACACAACUCAGAAAUACCUCUACAGAGAUGUGAUGCUGGAGAACUACAUGAACUUGGCCUCUGUGGAUUUCUUUUUCUGCUUAACUUCAGAAUGGGAAAUACAACCUAGAACAAAACGGUCAUCACUUCAGCAGGGUUUUUUGAAGAAUCAAAUAUUCACUGGGAUACAAAUGCAGACAAGAAGCUACAGUGGAUGGAAACUCUGUGAGAAUUGUGGUGAGGUCUUCAGUGAACAGUUUUGCCUUAAGACACACAUGAGAGCUCAGAAUGGAGGGAACACAUCUGAGGGUAAUUGUUAUGGAAAAGACAUCCUCAGUGUGCACAAGGAAGCCUCUGUUGGACAGGAACUUUCCAAAUUUAAUCCAUGUGGAAAAGUCUUCACCUUAACUCCAGGCCUUGCUGUGCAUCUUGAAAUUCUCAAUGGAAGACAACCCUACAAAUGUAAGGAAUGUGGAAAAGGCUUUAAGUAUUUUGCAAGCCUUGAUAAUCACAUGGGAAUCCACAUUGGAGAGAAACUCUGUGAAUUUCAGGAAUGUGAGAGAGUCAUCACACCUUCCUCACACCUAAAGCAGUGUGUAACAGUUCAUACUGGAAAGAAAUCCGAAAAGACUAAGAACUAUGGGAAAUCCUUCACUAAUUUUUCUCAACUUUCUGCACAUGCAAAAACUCAUAAAGGAGAGAAGUCCUUUGAAUGUAAAGAAUGUGGAAGAUCCUUUAGAAAUUCCUCAUCCUUUAAUGUUCACAUUCAAAUUCACACUGGAAUAAAACCACACAAAUGUACGGAAUGUGGGAAAGCCUUCACUAGAUCAACUCACCUUACUCAACAUGUAAGAACUCACACUGGAAUAAAACCCUAUGAAUGUAAGGAAUGUGGCCAAGCCUUCACUCAAUACACGGGCCUUGCUAUACACAUACGAAAUCACACUGGAGAGAAACCCUAUCAGUGUAAGGAAUGUGGGAAAGCCUUCAAUAGAUCUUCAACGCUUACUCAACAUAGAAGAAUUCACACAGGAGAGAAGCCUUAUGAAUGUGUUGAAUGUGGGAAGACCUUCAUUACUUCUUCCCAUCGUAGUAAACAUUUGAAAACUCACAGUGGAGAAAGGUAAAUGCAAGAUAUGUGGGAAGGAAUUUCUGUAUUCCUCACCCCACCUGUGAACUCAUACCAGAGAGAAACCCUUUGUAUGUAAAGAAUGUGGGAAAGCAUUUGCUGUUUCCUCAUGCCUAAGUAUGCAUGAAAGAAUUCUCACUGGGGAGAAAUCCUAUGAAUGUAAGGAUAUGAGUGUUGUUACCAUUUAGCCCAUUGGUUGCCAUCUUUCAUUAUUGGCAGUGCAAAGACCAUCAGAUUUGUCCUAAAUGCCUUUUGGAAGUAGUAAUGGCUCACGGAUUGGCCUUAGAUGCAUCCCAAGUGUCUGAAAUUAAACCUACAGGUUCUGAAUACAACUUCAUGGUUCCCUGAGUCUGGGCAUCUGUGAAGAAGGGUCAUGGAUGGUGAGGUCAGUACUGCAGGCUGCCUCACCUUGGUGAUUAGAUUCCUAAGAUCAUAGCAUUAACAAGUUCUGUAUGAGAUAAAUCAUGCAGAUUGAUCCCAGCCCCUGUUGGUUAGUGGCUGCCAGUGUGGCACAUUCAUGUCAAAAUUUACCAGAAGCCAAGAUGAUGUAGGCCUCAUAGGUGGAUUGUUAAAAAGAUGCUCCUCCAAGGUUCUCUUCUGUUCCCACGGAUCCUGCAGAGCAUGUCAGGAAUGAAACCAUCCAUAACUGCCAGGGCACUUUCACAGGUGAUUAUUUCUGUGUCCCCUUCUUGUAAAAUAAGAAGUGUGACAACCUUGCCUGUUCUGUUCUGUCUUCUCUGUCCAUUUUAGGUGGCACAAUGUAAGUAGCAGUGUCUCUUCUAGUAUAAUCCAGUCUCUCUUCUCACUUUGAGGAUUCUCUUCAGUACAAGUUUUCUAAUUUUUGCAGUAUGGAUAGGCUGAGAAUUUUCCAAAUCUCCAAGUUAUGGUUCCUUUUUCCUUAACAAUUUCUUCUGCAAUUCAGCUCUCCUUUUGCAUUUUUGCUGAGACCAGCUGGGUCAUGGAGACCCUAACCCAGUGGCUCCAGAGGAAUUAAGACAAAGACACAGAAUGCAGAGUGGGAAUCGGGGCUCACAGCCUUCAGAGCUGAGCUUGAACAGAGUUUGACCCACAUAUUUAUUGACAGUAAGCCUGUGGUAAACAUUAUUUCUAUAGAUUAUAGAUUAGCUAAAAGUAUUCCUUAUGGGAAAGAAAGGGACAGGCUCUGGCUUGUUAUCUGCAACAGGAUCAUGUCCUUAAGGCACAAAUCACUCAUGCUAUUGUUUGUGGUUUAGGAAUGCCUUGAGCAGUUGUCCAGUUUUCCACCCUGGGUGGGCCAGGUGUUCCUUGCCGUCAUUCCAGUAAACCAGCAACCUCCAGCAUGGGCGUCAUAGCCAUCAUGAGCAUGUCACAGUGCCGCAGAGAUUUUGUUUAUGGCCAGUUUCUCAUGGCCUGUUUAUGGUCAGAUUUGGGGGGCCUGUUCUCAGCACAUUUACCUGUAAGCAGUCAGGAAGAAUGAAGCUUCCUGUGUCCUUUAACACUUUAAUUACAGAUCUUAGUGAUACAUACCCAGUUUUAUCUCUCUCAAGCUCUACCUUCCAUAAAAUGCUAGAAUACAGUUCUGCCAAGUUCUUCACCACUUCAUAUCAAGGGUUGUCUUUUCUUCAUUUCCCAAUAGCAUGUUCCUCAUUCCCCAGUGACACCUCACCAGAAUAACCCUUACCAACCUUAUUUCCAGCUUGCAUAUCAGAAUUUUUCCAGCCUCUACUCAUUUGUCAGUUUCAAAGCUGCUUAACAUUUUUAGUUUUUUGUUUGUUUUUAAUUGCAGUACCUCACUUCUCAGUACGAAUAUCUGCCUUAGUCAGCUCAGGCAACCAUAGCAGAAUACCACAGACCAAAUGGCUUACAAAUUAAUUUAAUUUUAAAUCAAUGAGCUUAAAAACACAGAAUUUUUUUUUUUUUUGUGAUGGAGUUUUGCUCUUGUUGCCCAGGCUGGAGUGCAACGACAUGAUCUUGGCUCACUGCAACCUCUGCCUCCCGAGUUCCAGCAAUUCUCCUGCCUCACCCUCAGUAGCUGGGAUUAUUGGCAUGCACCACAAACCUUGGCUAAGUUUGUAUUUUUAGUAGAGACAGGGUUUCUCCAUGUUGGUCAGGCUGAUCUCCAUGUUGGUCAGAUCUGACCUCAGGUGAUCCACCUGCCUUGGCCUCCCAAAGUGCUGGGAUUACAGGCCUGAGCCACCGUAUCUGGCCCAAAACACAAAUUUAUAUUCUCACGUAUCUGGAGGCUGGAAGUCUGAGAUCAGAGUGCCAGCAUGGUCAACCUCUAGUGAGAGCUCUCUUCCUGGCAUGUAAGUGCCCACUUCCUCAUGUCUUCACACAAUGGAGACCAACAAAUAGGUCAGUCGGUUCCCCCCUCCCCGCCCCCUUCUUUUUUCACAUACAGUUUGGAGCGUCAUGUGAAAUUUGGGGGGGUCACUCUAUAUAUACAUAUAUAUAUACCUAACUCCUAAAUUGGAAAACUAAGAGUCAUUAUUUACAGAUUAUCUGAUUCUCUAUGUGGAAAGAGAAAAGAAUCAUAUUAAGUACUUUGGACUGAAAAAUGACCCCCAAAAUUCAUAUGAUGAUGAAGCUCUUUCUAAAUAUUUUCUUGCUUUACUGGACUGAUUUUAACCCACAGCACAACACCAACUAAAAGUAGUAAUACCAGCAUACUUGUCUUUGCAGUUCUGGUGAGAUAUGUGCUCCAUUUUAUUGGCUUGGCUGUAGGUUUUAAUUUCUUUUUUAUUUUUUGAAGAGUUUAUGUCCUAUUGGGGAACCUGCCCCCAUAUUCACAUAGGUUCUUUUCUAUUUUCUGUAAGUGUCAGCCAGCUUGAGAAAUAAAGGGACAGAGUACAAAAGAGAGAAAUUUUAAAGCUGGGUGUCCGGGGCAGACAUCACAUGUCGGUAGGUUCCAUGAUGCCCCACAAGUCACAAAAACCAGCAAGUUUUUAUUAGGGAUUUUCAAAAGGGGAGGGAGUGUGCAAAUAGGUGUGGGUCACAGACAUCAAGUACUUUACAAGGUAAUAGAAUAUUACAAGGCAAGUGGAGGCAGGGUGAGAUCACAGGACCGAGGUGAAAUUAAAAUUGCUAAUGAAGUUUCGGGCACCAUUGUCAUUGAUAACAUCUUAUCAGGAGACAGGGUUUUGAGAUCAACAGGUCUGACCAAAAUUUAUUAGGUGGGAAUUUCCUCUUCCUAAUAAGCCUGGGAGUGCUAUGGGAGACUGGGGUCUAUUUCACCCCUGCAGUCUCGACCAUGAGAGACAGCUACACCCAGGGGGGCCAGUUCAGAGACCCACCCCCAGGUGUGCAUUGUCUUUCUCAGGGAUGUUCCUUGCUGAGAAAAAGAAUUCAGUGAUAUUUCUCCCAUUUGCUUGUGAAAGAAGAGAAAUAUGGCUCUGUUCCACCUGGCUCACCAGCGGUCAGAGUUUAAGGUUAUCUCUCUUGUUUCCUAAACAUUGCUGUUAUCCUGUUCUUUUUUCAAGGUGCCCAGAUUUCAUAUUGUUCAAACACACAUGGUGUACAAUUUGUGCAGUUAAUGCAAUUAUUGCAGGGUCCUGAGGUGAUAUACAUCCUCCUCAGCUGACAGGAUUAAGAGAUUAAAGUAAAGACAGGCAUAGGAAAUCACAAGGGUAUUGAUUGGGGAAGUGAUAAAUGUCCAUGAAAUCUUUACAAUUUAUGUUUAGAGAUUGCAGUAAAGACAGGCAUAUGAAAUUAUAAAAGUAUUAAUUUGGGGAACUAAUAAAUGUCCAUGAAAUCUUCACAAUCCACGUUCUUCUGCCAUGGCUUCAGCUGGUCCCCCCGUUUGGGGUCCCUGACUUCCCGCAACAAUGUCCUGCAGGAAAAGUUUUUUCUUUAUAUCCAGUUUUUACAUGAUGAAUUAUUUCCCAAUAUUUCAUAAUUUAUGAGGCUGAAUUCCUCUUGAAUGUAUUAAAUGCUUCCUUCGCAUCCUCUGUGAUGAUCAUGUUUAUUUACUGAUAAAACUCAAUACCUAGAACUGCACCUAGCUCAUGAUGGUACCUAAUAAAUACUUCAAUGAAAUGAUGUGGUAAUGCAUGCCUAUAGUUUUAGCUACUUGGGAGGGUGGCCUGAGCCCAGGGGUUCUAGACCAGCUUAGGCAACAUAGCAAGACCCCAUCUCAAAAAAAAAAAAAAAAAAAAAAACUUGAAGAAGUGAAUGCAUGGAAGGGGGCUUUUCUAAAAUAAAUGUGGUCAGGCUGGGUGUGGGGGCUCAUGCCUGUAAUCCCAACAAUUUGCGAGGUUGGGGUGGGCAGAUAACUUGAGGUCAAGAGUUUGAGACCAGCCCAGCCAACAUGGUGAAACCCCAUCUCUACUAACAAUACAAAAAUUAGCUGGGUGUGGUGAUGUGCACCUGUAAUCCCAGCUACUUGGGAGGCUGAAGCAGGAGAAUCACUUGAACCCGGGAGGUGGAGGUUGCAUUGAGCCAAGAUUGCACCACUGCACUCCAUGCUGGGUGACAGGGUGAGACUCUGUCAAAAAUAAAUAAAUUAAAUUAAAUAAA